CGCGCCGCAGAAACUGCCGAUCCUGUCGAAGCCGAGCUGGAAAAGUCAAUGGAAAAUCUAUUGGCCGACGAUGUCGACGUGACGAGUGAUAACAUCUUUAAUGAGCCGUUUUGCCUAGCUGUGUCGACACCAGCGAGGGUUCUCAAACCGAUUGAUAGGGGAGAGGCUGCGAAAGAAUUGAGAAAUCGUCAUUGA